ACGUAUGUGUACACAUACACCUAAGCUUCACCUAAGAGUCAGCUUUGCCAGCGCAGGACGAUGCUGCAUGAGUGAACUUUGUGGCAGUCGGCGCCUGUUGGCAGCGUGUUGUAUCGUUCUCGAUGCGUUUUUGAAGACGUGUAAAGUGGUCCUGGUCGGGUGAAGUCCUGGUGGCUCGGGUGCCUAACCCUGUGGAUGACCAUUUGCUCGCCUCGUUUCCUUCGGCGAAAGAAUCAUUUCCCCUGAAAUAACCAUGGGGGAGGCAACACAAGUCAGUUCUCUGCCUUUGCCGCCGAUGCAGUAUGUUGGCCUCUACACAGAUGAAAAUGUGCAGCGUGGACGAGCUCCGUCGCCACCUCGGCCACUGCAUGAAGGUUACUCCAUGUUUGGUGCUCCAUUCCAUGGAGAUGAACCGGUCAUCCGCCCGUUGGAAAGCCAAGGCAUACGGCGGCUAUACCCACAAAACUACGAGCACAAGAAGGAGCUGAAGAAGCUUAAUCACUCCCUGCUUGUCAAUUUCCUUGACAUGGUUGACAUCUUGAUCCGGUGUCCUGACACUUCCAAGCGGAUUGAGAAGAAAGAGGACAUGAGCUUGCUUUUCAUCCACAUGCACCACCUGAUCAAUGAGUACAGGCCUCACCAAGCAAGGGAGACCCUGCGAGUGUUGCUCGACAUGCAGAGGCGGCAGCGGCUAGACACAGCGCACAGAUUCCACAAACACUUGGACAAGGUGCGUGAAAUCCUACAGAACACAGUGACUGUCCUCCCUGAACCUGAACCGACCAGCACAUGGCAGCUGCCAGUUCAGAUCACAAGUGCAGUUGGAACCACCCAGGGACAGUCACCUGUGCAGGGACACUGUCUCAGUCAAGACCGAAUUAUGUGUGGAAUAGUGGACGCUCUAUGACUGCGAUUCUACUUGCUGCCAUGAACUGGUAACGCACGCACCGCAGUGCUUGGUUUUUUAAACCUUCAUGUUGAGCACUGUGUGUAUGCUUUACAUGCUGCAGUGAACACAUAACACACACAUAAGACCAAGUGCUUGGUUUUUGAAGCACUAUGAUGACUAAUUCACAUUGCAGACAAGGUGGGAAAGUUAAUGCAUGGGAAAAGAGUGGCAGGAUUGAGGCUAAUGUUGCAGUGUCUAAAAUAAACAGUGUGAGGCUCUAAUAGUGUACAUUAUACCAAACAGUCGUGUAUGCAUGCAGUUUAUGCAGAGCUGGAUCGUGCUGUAGAGAGAUUGUGCAUGUUUUUUGUAUGCAUCAAAAGGCCAGGGGAUUGAAUAAAUAUACAUGUAUAACUA